AUGUCGAUUCAAAAAUUGCCUCCAGAAGCCAUUGUUAAAUUUCAAAGCGGGAACGUCAUAACAGAUUUGGUUCAGAGUGUUCUAGAACUUGUUUAUAAUGCUCUUGAUGCUGAAUCAUCAACUAUCCUUAUAAGGGUAGAUUUAAAAAAAUUUUUAAUUCAAGUUAUAGAUAAUGGAAAUGGAAUUGGAAUAAGUGAUUUAGAAAAAGUAGGAGAAAGGUACAUGACUAGUAAAUAUAAUUCUCAUUUUUGUUCCAUCAAUACCUACGGCUACAAAGGCCAAGCUUUAAGUAGUUUGGUAGAAGUUUGUAAGACAUUAAGAAUUGAAACAAGAACCAAGGGAGAUAAUGUUACUGCAAUAAAAACAUUUGAAAAUGGUCGAAUGCUGAACAUUCUUCACACAUCAACUAAAAAAGAUGUCGGUACUUUUGUCAGUGUUGAAGAUUUUAUGUUUUCAAUGCCAGUUAGAAAAAAGAGAAUAAAUGAAGUUUUUGAUUUGGAAGAACUAAAAACACAAUUGAAAUAUUUGAGCCUGAUUCAUCAUAAGGUUUCAUUCACUUUAAAAAACGAGCAUAAAAAUUUAAUUUUGUUUCAAACUCAGCCUACAAAUAGCAUUUUGGAAUCGACAAAAAAAAUUUUUGGUGUAACUAUGACAAAAUAUUUAAAAAAAACUACAUUCAGUGACAAUGUUUUUCUUAUAAAGGGUCUCAUUAGUAAGAAGCCUAGAUUGUCGAGUUCAUUGCAACUGAUAUAUGUUAAUAAUAGAGUUAUAGCGAAAGGAUCAAUUCACAAAGUUGUGAACGAUAUGAUAAGUAAUCAUAUUAAAGAAAUGAGUAUUAAAUCGGCUUCUUCAUUAGAAGAAAAAAUAGUUUUAAAAAGUUUAAUUAAUCCCACUCACAAUGUGUAUGUUAUAAAAAUAUAUUGUUCUCUCUCAGAAUAUGAAUUAUUUACCACUAAUCUGAGAAAAAAUAAAGUAAAAUUUAAAAAUUGGGAUGUAUUAAAGAAUUGCUUUCGAAAAGCAAUCAAAAAAGUAUUUCACAAUGCUAGCAAAACCAUACAAUCUAAAUUGGUUUCGAAUAAAAUUAAAUCUGACAAUGUGACAAAACAUGGAUGGAAAAACAACACUAAUUGUUUGAUAAAUGCAAUUAAAGGAAAACUUGUAAAAAGAAAACAUGAAGAAAGUAAAAAGAAAAGUAUUUGUAAAGAAUAUGUGUCAAGUUCAAAAUUAAUUAAAUCACAUAAUGAUGAAACAAAAUCUAAUAGAAAAUUAGCCAUUAGUUAUGGUUUAUCACAAAAUUGUGAUUCCAUCGAAUCUCCAAUACCAAAAAAAAAAUUAAAACUUAAUUUAGAAACUGUAAAAAGUGGAAGCAAUCUAAACAAUUUUAAAAUUGAUGUUGAAGAAGUGUUAAAAUCAAUGAUGCAAAAUAUCACAGUAUUUGAAUUUUAUAAUUGGAUUAAAGAAAAAAUGAAUGGAAAUUCAGGUAUUGCUAAUUUUUAUGACAAUUUAGUGCAAUAUCACUCGGGGGAAAAAAAUUUUUCUGUACGUCAGUGUCGUAUCAUAAGAAAUGAAAUAUCAGAAGAUGAAAAUAAAUUUUUCACACGAAAAAUGGGAAUUGAUAAAAACGUUAUCGAAAAUUUGAAUGAUGAGAUAUUUAGGAAAAACAUCAUUUUCGAAGAUAAAAAAAAAACCAUUGAAAAUUCAUUUAGAUUUUUGGAAAAUUCGAAAAAAAGCAAUUCAAAAAUAACUUAUUUUUAUAAUAAUAAUAAUACUAAUAAGGAAAUAAAAAUGAAAAAUUUUAAAGAAUCAACUGAAAUAAAUAUUGGAAAAGCUAAAUAUCAGAAUGAAGCAUUAGAAAAAUAUUUUGAUUUUAAUGCAUCUCCCCGAUCCGAAAUGGUACUGUCAAAUUUUGUAAAUUUUAGAAAUUUAAAAAAUAGUUUCGAGAAAAAAAAUUCUGGUAUUAAAUUAUCGGGGUCUUGGACAUCUCAUUAUCGGAAUUCGAUAAAUUAUUCAUUUGGUGCUAAAAGUAUGAGUCCUCAAAAAAAAAUAAUUACCUGGAUGGAAAAAUGUAUGAGUAAUAAUUUAGAAAAUUAUUCGAAUCUAGACGAUAAAAAUUUGAGUAUUAAUUUAUGUUUCGAGGACACCAAAAAUAAAUUUUCAAAACCAUUGUUGGAUUCGAGUUCGAAGAAAAAAGAUGUCAUGGUUCAAACGGAAACAACUUUUGUUCACAAUCUUGCUUAUUUAAACGAACAAAGUAUAGAAAAUUUUAAAACAAACUUUUUAAGGGAUCAUAAUAAUUCCAUCGCUAAAAAUGUUUCGAAUGACUGUGGCAAUGUUGAACCAAUCCGAAGUCAAGAAAUAAUAGGUUCAAAUACUCCUGAAAUGAAAGCUGAAGAAGUAAAAAUGGCUAAUCCGCCAUCAGAUUUUUCAUUAUUUUCAAAACAACCAAGUGAAAAUGAUGGAGCUUCUUCAAUGAGUGAAAUAAUAAACUGUGGACAAAAAUUAGAAGAAACUUAUCCGAAAGAAGAAUUAGGAGACAAUUCAAUAAAAGGAAAAGAUUUGCCAUUAACGUCAGAAGAUGGGAAAACACCAAAAUCCGUUGAAAAUGUUGUCGCAACGAUGGGAAACGAACAAGUUUUUCACAUGACCGAAAGACCGGAUAUCAUACCGAAAGGUCUCACACCGAAAUUUUCAAUUAUAGAAAAUAGUCGGAUAAUGUCUCUUACUCCCCGAAAAAAACGGAAAAUAUCAUUGGCACUCGAUAAUACGGAAAAUAAAAUAUUAGAUUCUGUCAAAUGGCAGGAUGAAUUGACCGGCGGUUCUACGAAACCAGCAAUUCCAGAUGGAAUAUUCGAUGAAAUGCGGCAAAAGGCGGAAAAAAAUAUGAUUUAUUGCGAGAAGGAAAUACUCUCGGCAUCGGUUUCUUACAGCGCCAUUAAAGUACACAAUUUACUUCACUCUUUUGCUUUUACCAAAGAAUUACUAUCAGAAGUCGAGAUAAUAGGACAACUGGAUAAAAAAUUUAUCGUUGCAAAAAUGAUUGUGGAAGGGCCUAAAAGAAAAGAAUUGAUAACACUUUUUGAUCAGCAUGCCGUGGAUGAACGGAUACGAUUGGAGAAAUUAAUGAAUGAAAAUUCCACAGAUUAUAUUUUAGAUAAUGAUGUAUUUUUAUCGACGCCAUUAACGCCUGCAAUCGAAUGUUCUUUAAAUGAAUCCAUGGUGGAAAUCGUAACGAGUUUUCACGAGCAAUUUGAAAAAAUAGGACUCGACUGUCAACCGUUAACCGAUAAAACGAUACUAGUCAAAUCGAUACCGAAAUUUUUGACGGAUAAAUGCACAAAAGCUAAAAAAUCGUGCCAGGAUAGUUUUAUAAAAAGUUUAAUUGAAACUUUAAUCAGGAGCGCAUUAGAAGAAUUGACGGCAACCAGAGGAACAAUUUUAAAAGUUCCUAAAAUCUUACACAAAUAUUUUUGUUCGGAAGCUUGCCACAAUGCGAUAAAAUUUAAUAAAAAAUUAUCCCUCGGGGAAAUGAGUCAAAUGAUAAAGGAAUUGAAAAAUUGUAAAUUGCCUUUUCAAUGUGCUCACGGACGUCCAUCUUUGAUACCCAUCGUCGAUGUCGAAGAAUUUAAAAAUUUGACAGAAGAAAUGGCAAAUGUUAAAAAAAUAUCAGGUCUCAAAAAAUUUUAUCAAUCGACAACAACAUAA